UGGGUACUUUUCAAGAUGGCGCUGUCUCAAAUGAAAAAUUGUAAAUAUUUUCAAUUUUUGCCGUGAUUGCAAUAAAUAGGAGGAUGGCUGCGAAAGUUUUCAAGCUGUACAUUCACCAGGAGACCUUCAGUGAGAAUGACCUGGUCAUCAACUCCAAAGACUUCCCCAGUGCAAAAGUUGGGGAUGUGGUGGAGAUCUACCAACCAGAGGAACCAAACAGGCGUCUGCUGCUACAAGUUAAAGCUUUGAAGGGAGAUUCUCAACAGAAAGGUAUAAGUGUAGACAAGACUGUGGCCAAUGUGUUCCAGCUCAGGCCAUUCAUUGAUGUGUGUGUCAACUUUGUCAACCCACAGGAUGUUGCCCUUGACCUUGUGGAGCUGACGUUUAAGGACCAGUACAUCAGCAGGAGUGACAUGUGGAGGCUGAAGAAGAGCCUGGUGAGCACAUGUGCAUAUAUCACCAAGAAGGUGGAAUUUGCAGGGAUCAGAGCCCAGAUUGGUGAAUGUUGGAUGAGAAGUGAAAAGGUUGGGAGUGGAGUCAUAACAGAAGAUACCAAGAUUGUGUUCCGGUCAUCGACUUCCAUGGUUUAUCUCUUCAUCCAGCUGAGCAGAGAAAUGUGGGAGUUUGACAUACAUGGUGACCUGUACUGGGAGAAGGCCUGUAUGUUCCUGAAGGAACUCUUCACCAGGUGGAAGGAGAACAACAGUAAUCAUGAAGUGACCAUUGUGGUCUUCUCAAGAACAUUCUAUGAUGCUGAUUCUGUAGAUGACUUCCCACAGUCUAUGAGGAAAUGUCUUCAAGUUGACUACAAGGGGAGAAUAUGUGAAGACUUCUAUAGGGUUGUGGCUCAGGCAGAAAGGAUGGAAGACUGGAGCCCCAUGUUAGUCUCUUUGAAGAGACACUUUAUUGAGUACCCUAACAAGACCAGAUACUGCAAGGAUGAGGGUUGUCCAGUAGGCCACAACUCCACUGCAGCCCAGGGAAACUUCCUUGAGGCCAUCAACAUGUCAUUGAAUGUGUUUGAGAAACAUUUCAUUGCCAGAAACUUCGACCGUACGGGACAGAUCACGGUGCUGAUCACGCCGGGCGCAGGCGUGUUCGAGGUGGAUCGAGAGCUGACCAACAUCACCAAGCAACGCAUGAUUGACAACGGGAUCGGCAGCGACCUGGUGUGCCUAGCUGAGCAGCCGUUACAUGCAGUACCGUUAUUCAAGUUUCAUAACAAGUCAGCUGAAAACUACCUUGGAGAUGACUACAACAUCCCACACUGGAUAAACCACAGCCAGAUGAGGGCAAGGCAACAUGACAUUAGGCUUCUACGCCCCCAAGAGCACAGAGAGCGGGUCCACAGGGUUUGUGCCGAGAAUCAAGAUGGCAGAGACCAAGGUCUUUACAUGAGAAACCCCACCCCCAGUACUGACGAUGCUCUGAGCACCAUGGUAGACUACGAUGAGUAUGAUGCCCAGGUCUUCAAGAACCCUGCAAGGAGCCUUGGAACAAGCUUCCCGCGGACCUACGGAAAGAGCCUGAUGCGACACUCAUCAGACGAUAUGCUGGAGGCGAAGGCUCACGCUCAACUCCGCGGGCGAAACCGCCACGCUUCGGACGACCAUCGCAACCUCACCUCCAGCGUUAGACAGAUCCAGUCCAGCCUGGCUAUCAAGAUCCCCCCGAGUCUCCCCCGCAAGGACAGCAUGCAGGCCAGCUCACUCGGCUCACUACACAACUUCCAGGUCACAGACCAUGAGGAGGAGACCAAGCGGUUUGUGGUUGGCAGCGCGUCUCCGACGGAUCGCUCCAAGCUCUUCCCAGCAAGUGCAUUUCCCAAGGUUCCCACACGAAAGAGAGCCCUCAUCAACCCCUUUGCACCCUCGAGACUCCUGGUGAGACUCACAUCCAACCGCAGGAGGUGGACCCACACAUUCCCUCUGGGACCCACAGGGGAGGCCAUGCAGCAUCAUCAUCACAAGAAGUCACCCGUGCCGGAGGAACUGGCUGUUGCCAUGGACGCAACCUCUCCCCCCUCUAAGGGCAUGUUGGACGCCAACAUGGCGGCUGUGGAGGCAAGGAGGCAAGCAGGACUGGUCAGUGAGGAGAGUAUGGAGAAUCUGCACAAGUCUGCGAGUCUGUCCAGUCUGGGCAGUGACCAGGGAGGCGGGAUGCGCAGGGUGGACUCAGCCGGCAGUGUGUCCAGUGUCAUCAACACUUACGAGAUGUCAGGUGUUGACUGGAAGUCCCUGACCAUGCCCGCCUGUCUCCCCAUCACCACCGACUACUUCCCUGAGAAGCACAGUCUGGAGUAUGACUACCUGGAGUCCAACUAUGACUUACUGGCAGACUUUGAGGACAGCAUGGAGAUGAAAAAUAUGGAGCCAGUUAGCCACACAAGACAGACCCUGAACACACAACAGGUCUUCACAGAGCUGAUUUCACAGAGACUCAUGCAAGGGUUCCAGCUGAUAGUUUUGCCUAAGGACUCUCCUCUAUCUGUGCCACAAGGCCACACACCCCUCAGCAGCAGCCCCCGAUUCAGUAUCUCACGCAGGAAACACAGGAGUGAAGAUCAGCCUUCCCCUACCACUGGUCUCCACCCCUCCCCCGACCGGACUGACUCACACCACCACCACCUCUCACCAGGAGCCCCUAAUGUCAGGACACAGCUCAUCAAGAGCCUCCCUCAUCAGGGCGGGGUUGUAAAGCCACCCAAAACCAGCACCCCCCUUGUACCCUCCCCCCUGCGAGGCUCACACCCCCCUCCUCCUCUGACCACCCCCCCUGGGAGCCCUGAGUCUGUCUUUACCUCACCUGUUUCCUCAGCGGCGGUGUCCCCCACCACCACCACACAUUCUUCCCGCCGGUUGUCGUUGGCAAACUUCCUCACCCCGUCUCCCAAGAAGAGCCGGCGGUUCUCAAGCCCAGCCGCUCCUGCCGCGGUCGUGACCCCUGAACUUAAAAAGCAACCCCCCCAGCUGUCCCAGAAGUCCCCCUCCCCCUCGGGCAGUAGUCUGGGCCGCCUGUCCCGGGAUAGUUCCCCCUCCACCCGCUCCAUAUCGGGGGUGCUGGGCGGCAGCCCCACCCUGUCCCGCAUGUGGAUCUCACAGAGGAGAAGUAGAGAGGAGGAUGAGUACUGGUUAAGUAUGGGGAGGAACUUCCACAAGGUGGUGGCCAGUCGCAGUCGACAGUCCUGUAUCAUCCAUGUCACAAAAUACAAGCCCAGACAUCCAUCCCACACCAACCCAUGGGGUUACCGGUUCCGGUUGUGGCCGGUUUACCAGCAGGUGUACGACCCGGCCAGGACAGAGUUCCAGCACGACAAUCUGGAGAACUACAACUGGAACUACCUGGACAACUACAUCUGCAGCUCAGGGGGGGACGACUUCGACCUGAUGGAUUCGCUGAAAUUCUGGAGGACAAGAUUCCUCCUCCUGCCAGCCAUGUCAGCCAGCACCAAGAUGCUGUCAGAAACCCCUGACACGACGUUCGACGUCUACCCGGACCGGAGCCAGGAGGAGCAGCAGCAGAUGGUGGACGGCUUCCUCCGCUUCAUGGAGAUCGUCAACAGGAUACGCCGACCCGCCAGCAACAGGAAACAGAAGAAAAUAAUACAGGGCAUCGCAAAAUUCAUGGGUUUGCUGCGCCAUGUCCGCAACCAUGAGCGGGAAGAGAGAGGAGACAGUAAGGAGUUGAGCACCCCUACAUCAGGAGGAAGGAGACCAGGAUUUAACCUGUCAGCCCCCACCACCCCUACAGCCCCUCUCUCCCCUCUACCACCUACAGAGAAGGAUCAACAGUCACAACAGGCUAAGGUGGAGAGCUUCCCUGUUCCACCCUCCACCAGUGAGGUAGCUGUUGCCAUGGUUAUGGCCAACACAGAGAACACGGAGGACCUGAUCAGUGACGCCAUGGCAACCACCGUUACGGGGGAGGGGGAGGAGGCUGAGAUGGAGCAGGAAGGCAAGCUGACCUUGACCUCACCUCCAGAGGUCAUUAUAGAAGCCAUGAAGGACACAAACACUGGUGUCGGUUUUCUACCAGACCAGAGAGGCCUGCCAGCUAACAGUUUCAUCAGUGCAGAGGCAGUGGCCUGGGUGUCAGAGGCUGUGGAUGGGGUUGUCUCUCACUUACAGGCAGUGGAACUGCUACAGAAACUUGUGGAGGAUCACUACAUUGUGCAUGCCUCGCUGAACCCUGGACACCCCUUCUGUAAUGGUUUCUUCCUGUACUGCAUCCUGUCAGAGGAGAACAGAAAGAGAGUGUCAGAAUUUGCAGGAAGACAGUACCCAGGGUCCUACUCCUAUCAGCCAGACGGUACGUCCUUCCAAAGCUACUGGGUCGAGGUGUCAAUCACAUCUGUCCCCAUGGCAACCAUUGUUCCAUCCUUCCUGUCUCCACGGUUACGGAGUGACUCCAAGGAUACUGUUUCCCCCGACAACUGGAGCCACGCCCGUGGAUGGAUGGGAGGAGGCAAAGAUGUCAGAAUACCGGGCAUGAAAGGUAACCCUCCCUACAAGUGUAUGGUUCUGGACGUGGACAUGAACAAGAAGAGUGACCGGGUGGAGUGGUGCACCCUGCGUUACCAUGGCAACUACACCCCUGGAUGUUCCUUUGAGUUUGAGGUGCAGUGGAUGGUCACCACACCCAAUAUCCUGUAUGAUCUGCUGUCUGGCUGGGCCAGAAAGGCUGCCAGCUGUGGGUUCCACCUCGUGCCCGUGCCCUACGACCCUUUUGCCCUCCCCGAGAGCUCCACCCACGAUCCUUUGCGAAGACCUCAGUUCAUCCCACUCCAGCUGGAGGGGUGUUUGGGGGAAGGUCAAACCAGCUUGUUUGAAGAAUUUGUUGCUGACACCCACAGUGAGCGGCUUCAGCUCUUCCAGGAGGCCAUUCUGAAGAGGUUUGGGUUCGUGCGAGACAACAGCCGCCCAGGCAGUGGCAGCUACUACCUCCAGCAGACCAACCGGCUGCAGUUUGUGCACGAAACUGGGGUGGCGCUGGUGCAAAUACCCGAGUACAGGUCCAAACCGCAAGGCCUUCAGAAAUUCAAGACUCCGUUUUCCCACGUUAACGCAAGCGAAACAAGAGCGCCGGAAGUUUCAAACAAUGAAACAAGGACUAGAUAUCCGUCUGCACAGAAUGGGAAUGAUGAGGAAGGAAAGGUGGGUUUCUACUGGACAUACAACUAUGUACUGACGAAACGCUGGCGUUCUAGCUCCACUGGGGAGGAAAAGUUUGGAGAGAGACUGCUGGCAGACUUGACAAGCUUCUGUUUGGACCAGGACUGGAGGCUGAGAGAUUUCUGGAAGGAGAGUCAACACGGGCCUCUAGAAUCUGCCCUUGGGCAGUGACAAAGUGCCAAUGAAUAGUUAGAAGAAGACAGUAUCGUAAUUUUACAAGUCCAUAAGAUCAAAGGCUGAGAUUAUUAGUGAGCCAGUGAAACACAUUGCUGAAUCACACAAACAAUGUUAGAAAAAGUUAUUUUGAAAGGAUGCCAAUUUCAAGAGUUAGUGCAUAACUGUAGUUAGGAGAAAAUGGCCAAGCAUUGAAUGUUAU